ACGUUUCCCUCGUCCCCCGUGUGUGAGUCGAACGUAAUACGUCCCACGAAGAAGAAGCUCUCCGGUCAGCUGGCGCAGUAAAAGCGGAAUCGUUGUAGUAGGAUUAAAUUAAACAUGUCGAUUGUGUUUGUACCAAAGAAACUAAGAGGAAAAGCUACAGUCAACCAAGAGACGAUACAGAGGUUACUGGAUGAAAACGAUCAGCUGAUCAGAUGCAUUACAGAGUACAUGCAGAAAGGACGCGCGGUGGAGUGUGUGCAAUACCAACAGAUUCUGCAUCGCAACAUUGUCUACCUGGCAACCAUAGCUGAUGCAAGUCUGGACAGUGCAGCUUCCACAUCAAAUUCCACAUCUAAUGACACAUCGGCUUCAGCAGCAGCUGUGAAUGGGCACACAGAGGGCAGCUGAUUGCAGUUUCUGUGACAGCUGCAUUCUUCCUCAGAAGCAUGUGAUUGUGGUCAUUUGACAGCAUAAUUAUACAGAAACUGCCAAGGUGGAGUUCACAAAACUUGGAGAUAUGGACAAAGGAAGCAGAGGAUCCACCUCCUGUUAUCUGUCAGGAAAAAAGGUCUCUAGCCUUGGCAGAAAAUGCCCUCUCAAAGCACCCUGCCAGUCGAGAAUGAUCUCAUAACAAAGAACUGUGUUCAGUAUGAACUGUUUUCAGUGACGUAAACCAUUUCAGGGUCAUGAGCUGGAUAUCUGCAGACAAAAUUGGAAACAAAAUAAAAUUUUACUAACUCAAAUGGAUAUUAAAUUAUAUUUACUAUUUUA